UGUGCAGCACCGAUGGAGAACGAGAACGUCAGCACCCUGCAAGCGUCUGUCGUCCCACGAGUUCAGUCCACGUCAAGCCAACCGGAAGAGAAGGAUGCACAGUCUCUUGCUCUACGCCUUCUCAACAAGCGCACUCGAGUCAGGCUCUCCCCAGAUCCAAUCGAUCUAUCUGCAGCACCAGGAAAGGUUUCUCUCUUUGCGGUGGCGAAUGCGAGGGGUUGGUUCGUCGCGGCUACUCGUGAUGCAAGCGGUCAAUCAGCGUUGAUACUAUCUCCCCUGUCUUCUUUGCAUUCUGCAUUCGCGUCCGAUACUGCUGAGGAUGAGAAACCGUUCCAACCACAAAGAAGAAUCCCACUGUACGGGCUUAUGCCAAUCAUAGUCACUUUUGCAUUCAACGAAAGCAAACUUCUCGUCGGUCAAUCUGAUAACUCAAUAGCAGUGUACGAAACGGACCAUCUCUUUUCCAGCGGCGAUGGACAGCUGGCUCCUGUCCACACUUUCCCUGCGCCAUCCUCUGUGACCCUUUUAUCCAUACAUCCGAAUCCAGACGGCUUACCAGAACUAGUCGCCGUCUUGAGAGACUGUAGUAAUAGUCCAGGCUCAUUGGCUGUCGAAUUAUUAGGACGUCCAGAAGUUAGUUUCUGCAGGGGGUUGGAUAGCAGGGAAUUCUCCCAGCACGGUCCCCACUGCAAGUACGUAGCGACUAACACCUACGCAUUGCAUCGUCCUUACCACUUCUUCCAGUCUCGUGGUCACCAAAGGGU